AUCCAUCGCCUUCUUCGGACUCUCGUGGAGCUCUGAAAAUGGCGGCAUCAGCAUCCGCGCUUCGCCUCCUCCUCCUCCUCUCUCUCCGUUCGGCGCUUCCCCUGCGCGGCCUCAACGGCAUCGUCUCGUGUCGUGCGGGGGUCCGCGCGUCUCGCCGGCGAAUGCAUUUUCCUGCUCCGCCUCCUCCGCUUCCUUCUACUCCUCGGGCGGAAGCAGGGUCGGCCCCGUCGCCCUUGCUAGAGCUGCUACUCCGCUUUGCACGAGGCACCGACAGGAAGAAGACGAGGAGGAGGUCGGAAUCGACGGGGACGAGGAAGUGGAAGAAAUCGAACGCGACGACUAUGGAGGAGAAGAGGACGACGGACGGGACGCGCAGGGGGUCAACAUAGCCGAAGAUGUUACGCAGUUGAUUGGGAGGACACCAAUGGUAUAUCUCAACAAGGUCACAAAAGGCUGUGUAGCUAAUAUUGCUGCUAAACUUGAAUCUAUGGAACCGUGCCGAAGUGUUAAAGAUAGAAUUGCUUAUAGCAUGAUCACUGAAGCUGAAGAGAGAGGAGCAAUCUCACCCGGAAAGAGCAUACUGGUUGAACCGACCACUGGAAAUACAGGACUUGGCAUUGCUUUUGUAGCUUCAGUCAAGGGAUACAAAGUAAUUGUCACCAUGCCUGCAUCAAUUAAUGUUGAAAGGAGAAUACUAUUACGUGCUUUUGGUGCCGAUAUUGUUUUGACUGACCCUGAGAGAGGCCUGCAAGGUGCUGUCGAAAAAGCGGAAGAAAUCACCCUUCGCAUGCCAAAUGCAUACAUGUUACGACAGUUCGAUAAUCAGGCAAAUGCAAAGAUACAUUUCGAAACCACAGGACCAGAAAUAUGGGAGGACACAAUGGGUAAUGUUGACAUACUUAUUGCUGGAAUUGGAACUGGUGGUACAGUUACAGGUACUGGGCGGUACUUGAAAAUGAUGAACAGAGACAUUAAGGUAAUUGGUGUGGAACCUGCAGAGAGGAGUAUAAUCUCAGGGGAAAAUUCAGGCUACGUCCCUAGCAUCUUAAAUGUUAAAUUGCUUGAUGAGGUUGUCAAGGUUACAAAUGAUGAAGCUGUCCACAUGGCAAGGAGGUUAGCUUUGGAGGAAGGUUUAUUGGUUGGCAUUUCUUCUGGAGCUGCUGCAGCUGCCGCCGUUAGUGUAGCAAGCAGACCUGAAAAUGCAGGAAAACUUAUGACGGUAAUUUUUCCCAGUUUUGGAGAGAGGUACAUCCCUACAGUUCUGUUCAGUUCUAUCCAUGAGGAAGUUCGAAAAUUGUGACAGUGUAAGAAUUUGAGAUGGAUGACCUUCUGCGUCCAAGCCAAGGGGGCGAGCUUGUCUAUACUGUCUUUUGCGAAUGACAAGGCCUUGUCUACAUUCUGAUGGAGUGAACUAAAAUGGGCUGACUUUUGGAGCAAUUUUCUCAUGGAAGCACCGAAAGUAUGCAUAGAAUGUUGUGGACAUCCUUGGACUUGCUCGUCCGAGAAAAUAGAUGAUAAAGACGGGUGGAUUUUCCUCGAAUUGUUCCAUUGUUCCGUCCCUCACGAACUGAUCAAUUUCCCAUAAUCAGACUGGUUGUUCGUCCUAGUUUGUCUGUACACAAAGAUCAAAGAAAACUUGUAGGGCAAGGUCGAUCUGCUUCCUGACGAGUCCAUUGUUUCAUCCUUUUGCGGUUUGUGCCCCAGUUACCAUAGAUGUUUCAUUUAUUACUGGAGAAAGAGGAUGUCUACACAAAUGUGUAAAAUGGUCAACAAGGCGUAUCCUUUUUGGCUUUUCUUGCAACUGUAAAUAUGCAUCAACAUCAAUUGAUGACUAGGUUAUCUUUAAAAUCUCUUUGCAACAUGA